UCACAUGGGGGGUGGGGGGGGCAUGGGGGGCUCUUGGCACAGGGGACGGUAAACAGCGGGACGCGUCGAAGGUUGGAAGAGAGAUCAUUCGGCCGAUCGGCCAUGGGUUCACUGACUGAGAUGGCUGGCAGAUGCACCAACUGUGCCCCCUGCUGUGACAACUUGCUGCGCUUUAGCUGCCCGGCGCUCCGCUCGUUUUGUUGUGAGCGUCGGAGGCCACCAUCGAGGCGUGCGGCACACCGUGGCCACGCUCUUGUGAGGGAGGCCACGGGGAUCGUUUUUUUCCCCGUCCUCCGCGAGUGGCGACGCGGAGUAAGGGAGCACUAAAAAUACCCCAACAAAAAUUAAACAAACACGAUUUGUUGUUCUUGUUACCAGGAGCUACACAGCUCGUGUUUUUAAAGAAGCGACCUGGCUAUUACAAACGAUACUGCGACAAAGUGGCGGUUCGUCAUCGUCAUCACGUGGGAAUUUAAAACCCCACAGCCGAAUACUCUGAAGGCGCGGUGAAGUUGGUUCUAAAUGUGGAGGGAGAAUCCGGAGAGACACCGAAAACACCACAUACACAGCAGCAGCAUGCGUCAGGGUCUGGAUCAAACCCACGCCCUCCUGUGUACCAGGCGAGGUAGUCAACAUCUCCGAGCCGACGCGGCGUCCCAGGACUGGUUGCGAAGCGCUGCAACAAGCGCCGGACGCGCUACGAAGAAGGUUGGGCUGACGUUGGCAUCUUCACUGGGUCACCAGCGCCCUGCAAUCAAUAUUGGCCGUGGUCUAUCGGCUGCUGGAUGGUGUAACUCCCAUCCCAAGCCGGGCUCGCCCCUCUAAUGGUCAGCAUCAUCAUAAUAGUUUGCAUAACUGGCUACCGAUAACCGGUUAUCCAUAACUGGUUAAUGAAAAUCGGUUACCGAUGCUCGAUAACUGGGCAUCCGGGCGGCGGCGGUGGCAAUGUAGCUGACUUUAAUCAUCCAGCACUGUUAUGGAGGCAUAGGCCGCAACGAGGGUUGGCGGAUCACAUACAGAUGGGUCGCUGUGAAACUCCCUUCCCCUGUUCCAUCUCACUUCCUCCUACAGCAGGAGAGUAUGUGGGAUAAGCUCCAUCUGUUCCAUCUCACUCCCUCCUACAGCGGAGUGUGUGGACUAAUCUCCAUCUGUACCAUCUCACUCCCUCUUACAGCAGAAUGUAUGUGUAAUAACAGCCAUAGAGGGUUCACGUGGGGAUUGGCUUGGCGGUCCUGCUUUGCAGCCAAUAAGGGUUGAGACAGGGAGCAUGGCCUCUGCGUGGUCACGGCAUGUUAGCAGGGGUGAUUGGCCUGGCCAUUCGGGGCCCCAGCUAAUGGGGAGCCGGAUCAGAGGCGUGGUCCCGGGAUUGACAGGGAACCAUCGAGAACGGUCAAUGCUGUCUAUAGAGGAUUGGCUGGGGGUACCACGUGACGAAGGGAUUAAGAGAGAGAGAGAACGAUCGAGAGCAGACUGGGGAACGACAAGAGCAAGAGUUACGCGCGUACGGGGGCUCUGGGUGCCACAUGCGCGGUGGGGACUUGGUGUGAAGUCUGCCCUCUCUCCGUUGUCUGCCAGCAACGGAGAGUGUGUGAGUAAAGUGUAUUUGUGGAAAUAAAAAGGACUGAUUCCGAAGCCGUCUCAAGAAGGUUUAUUACACUUGUGUCAGAAGUGCUUCUGCGACUGUUUGGACGAUCGUCAAGAUGUCCAAGCACCCCAGAAAAAAGAACCUGCCCGUGCCUCCAUCGGAGGAAGAGGUCGAGACGGAUGAAGAUGAGCUGUUGGGAGCUACAGCCCCUAUGCCGCCUGCUGAUAAUACUCUCCUCGACGCCUCUCAGCGUCGACCGGGGGAAGAUGCGACCACCGCAGGAACAAAAGACGAAUGGCGGCUGAUGGCGGAGCAGAUUGAGUCAUUACGCGCCAUUCUGCUAAGCCUGGUGACCGCGGUGGCGUCCUCACCAGCCGUGGGUCGCCAGAUCGCCGAUCAACUGGACGCCGCGGGAAGGGGUCCUGCAAAGGAAUCUGAGUCCGCCAUUGCUCCUGCCACGUGGGAGGACGCCGUCGUUUUGGGUGGGGCGGCUGCGCCGGGGCCGUCGGCCGCCAUUUUGGGCGCGCCUACCGCCACGCGGCCGCCGGACGCCAUUUUGCCUGCAAUGGGUGGAGAGCGGGAACGGCAGUCGGAGACGCCCGCGGCGCGCGCUUGCCAUCGCGGACAUCGCCUUCCACAAAUUAAAGAAUUUAUCGCCGGGGGCGAUUUGAGUGCUUUUACGUGGCGCUUCGAGUCAGCUUUUAGAUCCGUUAACUGGACGGAGGAUGAAGCGCUGGGAGCGCUACCUACACUGCUUGAUGAUGUUUCUCUGGGGGUCUUCCGCUCCAUCCCGGCGUCCAAGAAGAAGACACUGCGAGAUGCGUUCGCAGAGAUGGCGGAAUUUUAUGACCCACCGACGUCAGCCACCAGAAAAUUUAUGUCGCAUCGCCGAGGAUCGGAGGAGUCGCCUUUGGCUUAUCGGGGGGCGUUGAUGGCGCUGGCCAUGGCUGCCUACCCCGACGCGACGGCCGAUCAUUUGGAUCCUCUCAUCCUUUCCCGUAUGCUGAAGUUGUCUCAGGAGCUCAACAUUUCUCUACCAGUGUGCGGCCACGAACCGCUUACAUCGCGAUGGGUGGCGCGCUGCCUGGACGCUAAGUUUAACAUCACGCACAGGGACCAGAUGGCGGCGUGGACGGGGAAACCCGAAAUCGACGGGCCGCCCUUGGGGUGGUCUCCACGACGGGUUGUCCACUGCUCCGACGACUCUGGCGACGACGACGUGCUGGCUGCUGCUGUUCCGCACGGGAUUCCGGGACGGCGGCUGCGCGAGUGGGGACUACGCAGCCCAUCCACGUGCGGGGGCCGGGUCAUCCGACCGCCGGCCGAUGACGGCCGCGUGUUUCAAGUGCUGCAGACGAGGCUAUUUCGCCCGCGACGGCCGCUGCCGACCUCUGCUUUUGCCUCUUCCGCCGAGGGGACCUUCAUCUCCUCCACCUGCUGCGGAACUGCAACAACCUCGGAUGAACAGGUUCUGAGGGCUGAGGAAGCCCCCGCUGCCCCCCCUCCAACGGGGCCUGCCCUGGACGUGACCAAGCACCAACAACUUACUUCUUCUUCGAGCCUUCUACCUCCUGUCCAUCCGGAAGCAAAGCGACCAUGCGCUGAAAGCGGAGAGGGUCCCGCGUCGCGUACGCAGUCGAAAUCUCUCCCGUUUCGUUAACGUUUGAUCAUUUAGCUAUUUUCCAUGUCGUUACUGCGCUGCAGGGGCGCCCUAAUGUAUGUCGGGUUUUUCAUGGGUGACUGUUUUUAAGUGUUGUUAGGCGCGGGGACGCCGUUUCACCCUCUACUGUUAAAUGCACCUUGGUGCCCUAAUAAGAUGUUUUACGGAAUUGGUUCAUCACCCUUUUCCCAGCCGAGACGGCUAAUUCUUUUUUCACCGGGGGGG